AUGGCGGCCGCCAAGGGCAAAAAGGUGAUCGGCACAAGCAAUGCUGCAAAGCCUCCAGCAAGCGGCACGACCUCUACGAAGCUCUCUGAGGAAGCUUCCGCUGCUUUGCUAGGGGUGGCGCCUGAUGCGACGAAGUUGCCCGAAGCCCUCAAGGCAAACGCUCCGGUGGAAGGGACCACUGCAGGUGCGCCAGGCUCCAAUGGUGCUGCCGGCCAUGUUUCACGGGCGCAAGUCCUCGUGACGAAGAGGAUCAAAGCGCUGACAAAGAAGCUCGUGAGUGUGUGUGCCUCUGGAGAGGAUCGACCUUGCGUGGUGGGUUUCAAUCAGCAAUGCGCUGGCUGAAUGUCGUAGUUGCUCUUCAGCAACGCAUGGAGAGCUAUCUGAACGCGCCUCCGGAAACUCUUGACGCCAACCAGAAGAAGAGUCUUGCAUCUAGAUCUGUCAUGGAGGCAGUCGUUGCCGAGCUUCAGGAAGUGGUCAAGCAGCUUGCAGCUACGGAGUCCGACCAGAAAGCAUCUACAGAUGCAGACAAGAAGGUCCAGAUCGAAGUUACCGCCGCUGUCGUCCGGGUGAGUGAAGAUUCACGUGGCGCCCUCUACGAUGUUCACACUGAAACGCAGACCAUCAUGAACGCUACGCCAACAGGACGAAGCAACGAGCCAUGAAUCACUUCAAAGGUCUUUCUUUGCAAUGCAUUCAUACGUCGCCGAUCGAGCCGGCUGGUCGGGCGCUCCUCCGUCGUUUGCGCCUCGAAGUGUGCCUGCUGCAUUGGAGAACAUCUCCGGAGACACCAUCCAAGCGAUCAGAAUCCUCUUCUUGCGUCUCACUGCGCUCCCAACUUCCGACGAUGUGGCCUCGGCAGCUGCAGAGGGGGAGAUGGAAAGACGCUUGCAAGACGCCCAGAGGGCUCUGGACAGCUUGGGAAACUCAUCCGAUGAGGCGAUCGUACCAAGAUUAACGCCCACUUGUAAGUGGUCUCCCACAGAGCUGCGCUUCUCGCGUCACGAAGCUCACAGGCUCCACCUGGAACGAUUCUAGAUUCACAAGUGGUCGAUUUGAUCAAAGCCCUCGAGAAGCCAUCUGCUCCUGCUGUUGCUGCUCCUGAGCCAGCACCGUUGGUGAAUGGCAGCCUGCAUCAAGGGCACGGGACACAAUCGAGCUCGAACGCUGCUCAAGACGGCGUCAACUCUCAUGAGCGCGCUUCGAACGGUAUCAGCUUCUUGCAAGCAUCUGAAGUUGGUACUAGCGACCCUGGCGAGGUGAGAUGAGCAGCAGGUGUCCCAUGGUCUCAAUCGAAAGUUGUAUGCAAAUGUCUGACAACCUACGCCAUCGCACGGACACGGCCAGUACAACGCACCGGUGCCAAUUCUUCAGCCUGGCACAGGUUCGAGUGGCGUUCUUGCGCCCUCGACCUCCGAAACGGCACCGGAAGGUGGAGCAGCUGGUGGCCUGGAGCCUCAAACUCACGUGUCGGCAGCUGAUCCGGCGUCUGGCGCGUCAGAAUCUUUGAAAGUGGUGGCGGAAGCUGGCCAACAAGACGAGGUCCAAACGCAUGGCAAAGCGGUGGAGGACACGCCCAAGUUUAAUUGGGCUGACGACGAGGGGGACGACCUCGACGAGCCACCAGCAGAGUGGAGUACUCCGGCCACUGUAGCUGGUACACCGGCACGGGCUGCUAGCGGCACUGCCACGCCGCAAAUAGCUGCUCCUACCGUUUCUGCUGCUGUGAGCCAAAAGGUUGCUGCUGUGCCGGCAGAUGCAUCUCCUUCAGGGGUGCCCGCGAAUGGGCAAGCUCCUGCGGAUUCGUCGGCUGCUCCUACUAUCGACGCUAAGGGUGUCAGGAAAAGUGCAGCGCAAACACUGAACCGACCAAAUGACCCGAGGCGGCCUGCGCGGAUACCUCAAGUAGAUGAUGACGGGUUCGAGCAGGUGGUGUCGCGCAAGAAUGUGCGUGCCAACGAGCGAGGAGGUCAUGCUGGACGUGGAGGAACGGGGGACUUUAGGGCAAGAGGUAAGGGCGGCGAUGCGAGAGGUCGAGGCAGAGGUGGCGCGUCUGGAGGAUGGGUCCCUCCUGCGCCGGGUAAUCAUCAAGGUCAUCAUUUGGGUGCUCAGAGGGGAAGAGGUGAGUCAGAAGAGCGUCGGUAAUCAUCGAAAGCUACUGAUACUAAAUCGCGCGAACGUCCGCCUGCGUCCCUGCAGGGCAGACGCACAGUCAACAGAUGAGGGGCAGAGGUCGCGGCGGGCCUGAUGGCUUGGCUGCAGCUGCGUUGAGGUAA